GAGAGAGGGCAAUGGCAAUGGAAGAGGUGGUGGUGCCAAACCCAUUGAUGAUCUCUUUGAAGGAGGAAAAUAAAAGCUGUGUAAACUAUGCAUUCAGGUGCAGUUGGGAUAUUUCAAGAGAGAAGAACCUGGUCUGUGUGACCAGUGGGAAUUCAUACCUGGGUUCUCACAUAGUUAGAGCUCUUUUGGCGCACGGAUACCUGGUUCGAGUCACCAUUCAAAACCAAGAGGAUUAUGAAGACAUGAAGAAGCUAAUGAGAGAUGAAGAGAUACACCAGCUAGAGAGUGUUGUUGUGGCAAAGAUGGGAAACUUGGAUAUGCUUUGUGAUGCUUUUAGGGGUUGCCAUGCAAUUUUUCAUAGCUCCUCCUUCAUUGAUCCACAUGGUGUCACUGGUUAUUCUGGACAGAUGGCAUUUCUUGAAACUGAAGGGGCAAAGAAUGUGAUAGAAGCUUGUGGGAGGGCAACAUAUGCGAAGAGAUGCAUCUUCACUUCCUCUCUUCUUGCCUGUAUCUGGGCAGGCGAUAGCGAGAACAAGGUCAUUGAUGAGUUUAGCUGGAGCAAUGUAGAAUUCUGCAGAGAAAACAAGCUUUGGCUGGCUUUGGGGAAGACCACUGCGGAGAUAGCUUCUUGGAGAAAGUCGAAGGAAAUGAAAGUUAAUCUUGUGACAGUUUGCCCUGGCCUUCACAUGGACCCAUGUGCUCACCAGGACAACUAUAUACCCUAUCUCAAAGGUGGCAAGGACAUGCUUAAAAAUGGUCACUUAGCCAUUGAGGAUGUGAAGAAGGCCGCAGAGGCGCACGUCUAUGUUUAUGAAGCCAUGGAUAAUGGAGCAUGUGGGAGAUACCUAUGCUUUGGGAAGGUUAUAAGAACAAGAAGUGAAGCCAUCGAACUAGAAAACAGCUUAAAAGUUCAGGGUUUGUUAUCAGGAGGAGGAGGAAGCCAUGAAGUCUCAGAUGAAGAAGCAGAUGCAGAAAUAAACAGCAUGCUUAGUAAUGCAAAGCUUGUCAGAUUGAUUCAAACUUCUAAAAGAUUAUCGUGCAAGCUAGAAGUUUAG